AUAGCGAAGCGCACUCGGCAGCGCAGCCUAACUCGCCCAGACACACGCGCGCGCACACACAUACACACACGCACACGCGGUUCCACACGCAGCAGCAGGAGCAGCAAGCAGCAGCAGCAGCGGCCGCCUCCACCAGGCAUGGCACUGGGCUCUACCUCAUUAUGGCAGCCGCGCGACACAACACCCUCGACUUCCAGCUCUGUGCGAAAGCUGAUGGAGAUGCCAUUCUUAAAGGUCUACAGUCUGUUUUUGAAGAGCAAGCAAUGACAGAAACAAUUCAUUCUUGGGAAGAACAUGGAUAUUUAGCAACCUACAUUAACAAAAAUGGCAGUUUCGCCAGUCUGAGAAUUUACCCACAUGGAUUAGUGUUGAUGGAUGUACAAAGUUACAACAAUGAUUUGAAAGGAAGAGAAGAAAUUGACAAUCUAUUAAACAAAUUAGAAGAAAGAAUGAAAGAACUCUGUGAGGGCAGUAUUGCAAGAUUAAAACGAUUACCAGCUCUUGUACGAGGCGGCAAGAUCGAUAAGUAUUGGCCUACGGCUGAUGGACGGUUGGUGGAAUAUGACAUAGAUGAAGUUGUAUAUGAUGAAGAUUCACCUUAUCAGAACAUUAAAAUUCUGCAUUCAAAGCAGUUUGGAAAUAUCCUUAUCCUCAGUGGGGAUGUCAAUUUGGCAGAGAGUGACUUGGCAUAUACACAAGCCAUAAUGGGCAGUGGGAAAGAAGAUUAUACUGACAAAGAAGUGCUGAUUCUGGGCGGUGGAGAUGGGGGUAUAUUAUAUGAAAUAGUCAAGUUGAAACCAAAGAUGGUCACUAUGGUAGAGAUUGACCAAAUGGUGAUUGACGGGUGUAAGAAAUACAUGCGUAAAACAUGUGGAGAUGUCUUAGACAAUCUUAAAGGAGAAUGCUAUCAGGUUCUUAUAGAAGACUGUAUUCCAGUAUUGAAGAGGUAUGCCAAAGAAGGGAGAAUGUUUGAUUAUGUGAUUAAUGAUCUGACAGCUGUUCCAAUCUCCACAUCUCCAGAAGAAGAUUCUACAUGGGAAUUUCUCAGACUGAUUCUUGAUCUUUCAAUGAAAGUUUUGAAACAUGAUGGAAAAUACUUUACACAGGGGAACUGUAUCAAUUUGACUGAAGCCUUGAAUCUCUAUGAAGAACAACUUAGCCGGCUUUAUUGUCCUGUGGAAUUCUCAAAGGAAACUGUAUGUGUUCCCUCAUAUAUGGAAUUGUGGGUGUUUUACACUGUUUGGAAGAAAACUGAAUUUUGAAGAUUAUUCAUGCCUGCAUAUUGCCAUCUUGAAUCUUUUAAAUUAUAUGCUCUAGAUGAUCCUGAAAUUAGUCAUUCUAUUGAUUGUGAAUUCCUUAAAAAGUUUUUUUUUUAUUAUUAUUUUAAUUUAAAAAGCAAAUGGAAAAUGUAUAUUUUGAUGAGCUCUAGGGUGUUAUUUUUUGAAAGUCAACUUAAAGAUGAAUUGGCAGCUCUGCUGCUAAAUGCACUGAA